AUGCGUCGCUCGGCCUUCUCGACAUCUGUUCUUCCUGCCGCUGCGGCUGCUGCGACGACGGCGGCGGCGGCGGCUCUGCAAACUGCGGCCCGGGGCGGGCUUGUGAUGCACACGCCGAAGUCUGACAUUGUGCUGGGCCGCUUCAACUUCAUGGAGCAGUACAACGAAUUCCGAAACCGCUCCGGCCGCGCACCCGACUACUACGUGGAAAAGUACCGCGACACGUACUGGCGCGUGGAUGAGUACAUCCGCCGCGCGGAGAACUACAUCCACGCGCAGGGUUUCUUCUUCCUGCCAACGCUAGAAUUCCCCUGGUACAAGGGCUGCCUUCCGCUCUUCUCGUCGUACCAGAUCCGCCUCCACUACAGCCGCCACCACCGUGCCUACGUGGAGAAGCUGAACCAGCUGAUUGAGGGGACGCCGAUGUACGGCUUCAACCUUGACGAGAUCAUCACGCGCAGCCACGGCGAUCGAAUGCUCGUUGGCACGUACAACAACGCCGCGCAACAUUACAAUCACUGCUUCUUCUGGAAGUGCAUUCAGCCGUACGGCAGCAACAUUCCCCCCGAUUUGAAGGCGGCAGUAGAGCAGCAGUAUGGAUCAGUGGAAGUGUUUCAAAAAACAUUCACCGAUGCUGCGGUGAGUUUGUUUGGUAGCGGUUGGGUAUACUGGGUGUAUGAUAAGCGUGCAGAGAGGUUCGAUAUUCUUUCCCUGCAGAACGCUGGCUGCCCGCUGACAAACAAAGACGUUGUACCGCUGCUGUGCGUGGAUGUGUGGGAGCAUACAUACUACGUAGACUACGAAAAUGACCGCGCAGGAUUCCUAUCGAAGUAUUUUGACGUUGUGGAUUGGCACUGGGCAGAGCGGCACUGGAAGCGGGCAACAGGGCAGGAGUACUACGAGAUGAAGUUCUGGUGA